AUGACAGAACUCACCUUCGCCAGGGCCUUCCUCACAGCCCUCGACUCCCGCCCCAUAACCAUCUCCGCCGACCACGUCGAAGAUCCGCGCUCAUUCCCCUCGAACCGCCCGGCCAUCAUCCUCCCCAAAAUGCCCAAAGCCAUGUCCAAACCAACAACAACCACCCCCCAAACCGACAAACCCCUAACAAUAACCCUCAAAUCCCUCCGCAACCCCCCGCUCAACCUCUCCCUCCCCGCAACCCCGCAAACCUCCAUCCUCGACCUCAAGCAGGCGCUAGCCUCCCAGGCCGGCGUCCCCGUCGACAAGGCGCGCAUCCUGCACCGGAAGAAACCUGUCCCUGAUUCGAAGAUCGUGAAGGAUCUGAUUGAGGGGGAGGAGGAUACGCUGGAGUUGGCGGUUAUGGUUAUGGGGGGUGCGGCGGUGCUGAAGGCACCUGCUGCUGCUGCUGCGACAUCUGGGGCUGCUGUUCCGGGUCUGGAGGGGGGCGACGAGGGCGCGGAGAAAGUGGUAGAGUCGGAUGCAUUCUGGGAGGAUUUGAGGGCUUUUGUAGUGCAGAGGGUGAAGGAUGAGAAGGUGGGUGGGGAACUGGCGGUGUUGUUCAAGAAGAGUUGGGAGGAGAAUAAGGGCAAAUAG